AUGUCAAAGAUACAGAGAAAGAGAAGUUUGAGGAAUUGUCCGAUGAUGAAACUUGAAUUCCAGGCCGCGGCGCACUUUGAUGAGGCAGAGGUAUCCAUUGAAAUUGUGGGGCAAAUCCAUGAGAUCCCGGACUCGGACUUCAUACAAGUGAUUAUCGCGUACUCGUUUGACGGAAAUGCUCCGCUCCCCAGUAUUACCACGGCAGACGGAGAAAUCUCCCACUUCAGGAUUUUCUCCCAAACCACAAAAUAUUGCACGUACUGUCGCUCAACUGUUGCAAAACUUGUACGACGUGUGGACAAGUACACUACCGUCGUGAUCCGUCUGCUAUCGUCGUUUGCAAGAAAUGUAAUACGAGACAUAGGGGAACAGAGUGUCCAAAGAGAAACAAGCGCCUCAAACAAGUCCCUGAAAACAUCAGUCACCCAGCUCCAAAUCGUGGUACGAAACGUAACGCGGUGGGCCGAGUGCGCAACCCCCCCCCAUCAGCAGGCAAAUAAUUUCAGACCUCCCGUGGCGGAAACCUUUGAGAUUGAUUACCCGUUGUUAGGAAGUCAAAGAAACCCGCAAGCAGUUGUUAACGUUGCCCAACAACUGACGAGUGCCCCUCCAACUACCUCCCUGAAACGGAAGACUCCUCCACCCACCGUUUUGACACGCCCUUCCACCGAUGCCGUGAUGGAAGUCGAUGCGGAUGGCUGGACAACCGUGUCCUAUGCGAGAAACAGGUCUUCCGGAAAGGGGCGUCAUUCCCCUUCACCGCCGCGGAGAACACCCUCACCCCAGCGCCAGGGAGGACACCCUCACUCCGGACGUCGAAGAAGUACUUCCCCGUCCCGGCGUCAAAGAAGUGCUUCCCCUCCUCGUUGCCAGGCAGGCACUCCUCCCUCCAGGCGCCAAGGAGACAGCCCCGUUGAACACAAUAUUUUCGAUUUCUUGAACCCCAAGGAUCAGGCGAUCUUCGGCCCAGACCAACCCCAGGAAGAGGGGACAACGGCCCCUGCCCCUCCGACUUCGGCCAGCUCCCCCAACGAUGCUCACGCUAUGGGCGAUAAUAUGGUAGUUGAACAACCUGAAAAGGUACUGCUGCCACCCGAUCGGCCAAAUGACCCCAAGACUACCUCUUCGGGCACAACGAAUACCUUCAAGUCCUCUCCCAAGACGCCGCUGCCUAAGGAGAACGCCAAGGUAACAAAGCCGAAACCAUCGAAGGUCGCAAAGGCGCAAGUUGACGAAUCCCUUUUAUCGAAUGCAACUACUCAGGUGGUUUCUCAACCUACCACAAAGUCCCCCAAACACACCGGAUCCUCUUCGGAGUCUGGUGCCAACACGGGUCAUAAUGAUAGGUUGUGA